AUGUUACGCAACGGGAAUCAACAAAGGCUACAAACAGUACCCAAAAUGGGUGAUGUAGCUUUUGUAAAGGAAAUUGACCUCAGGCAGGGAGAGUGGAAGAUGGCGCCUGUAGAAGCCGUAAACAAGCGUUGCGACGGCUAUGUAAGAAGUGUGACUGUCAUUCUUCCAAACCAUAAACGGAUCGAACGGUCUCUCAGCUUGUUGUAUUCUUUGGAGUGCGGUUUUUGA